AUGGUUCAACUCAAUAUCAUCGCAGGCUCUCUCGGCCUUUUCGUUCUUGGAGUUGGCGCUGGACCAUGCCGUCCCACUGAUACGACUACCACCACACUCGCUAUAACCGAGACAGCCACUGCCACAACCGAUUUGAUCACCACGACCGCAACCGAAACAACUGCCUCCGUCACAACAACCAGUGCUGCUACGGAAGGAGAACCAGCUUGCAGUAUCGAGAGCCCACAAUAUGGCGGCGGUGGUGGUGAAUACGAGGUUUACUGCGACAGCUUUGCCGGCGGUACUACACCAAUUGGGAGCUUCUACUUUUCCGAUUCCCUCUCCCAAUGCCUGGAUCGAUGCGACGAGACGCCUAGUUGUGUGGGUGUCAAUUACAUCACUACCCGUGUACCUUAUUAUUGUACUAUCUGGUCUUCCGCUGGGACAUUUGGUCAACAGAAGGGUGUCAUUUUGGCGAAGCGUGUUACAACGCGACCGGAACCUGCUAUUACUGCGCCAUAA